CCUCCUCCUCAGUCAGUCAUCAUCCCAGCAGGAAAGAAAAUCAAAGAGUGCUUUAACCUCUGUUCAUAAAAUGCCAUUACUUGAUACAGCAGGAUAAGUUCUUUAUCGAUAAGAAAGAUAACCCAACUGUCACGUUGGAUUUGCACAUAUCUGAAACAAUCAGAUUGCUACCACUUCCUGUUCAACCAUUUAAAUGCAUUUUUUAGCUUUUCAAAAUGUGACUCAUUAGGAGGGGGAGAAAAGUGCUCAGCUUUGAAAGAGGGGAAGUCCUGGUAGAGAGAGGAACUAAAGAAUUCUGUAGAAACCACUGCUCCACGCAUUCACCAUCUUGUUCAUUUCCGCCUUGGUUCUACGGCUUGGGAGGCAUGUCAUUUUGAGGGGACCCUCAAGCUGGUUAGUCAGACAACUCCUGUGCAAAUAAGAAAUGGACGACUUAGAUGCUUUGUUGGCAGAACUGGAGAACACUUCAUUGAGUCUGAAUGUGAGUGAUACAGAACCAGCAAAAGUUUGCAUUCUUCUGGAACGUGACAAAAAAGAGAAACCAGCAACAGUACCAGGAGCGACCAAUGCUGCUCAACAAAAGAAGCAGAUUCCUGAAGCCCCAAAGGUACUAUCAGGACGUGGGAUUCAACGUAGAGAGGAAGAUGUGGAUAAUAUUUACAGCAAGGUCCCCCCUCCACAGCCGGUGUACUCUUUAGCUUCGUCCACCUCAACUGCUCAGCAGCUAGAUGACCUUUUGGCUUCCCUGGGGACACUUCAGUCUAAGCUUUCAGAAGAAGAUUUUGGACAGCCAUCUUCAGCAGAGCAGAAAACCACAGAUAAUCUUGAUAGUAUGCUGAAGGGCCUGACACAUGAUUUGCAGGACCUUGGUAUUGCCACUGUACCCAAAGGCCACUGUGCUUCUUGUCACAAGCCCAUUGCUGGAAAGGUAAUUACAGCACUGGGAAAGACAUGGCACCCGGAACAUUUCCUCUGUGACCACUGUGGAAAAGAAGUGGGCUCCAGUCCUUUCUAUGAACGAGAAGGCAAGGCCUACUGCCAAGAAGACUAUCAUCAGCUCUUCUCCCCUCGCUGUGCUUACUGUUCUGCACCCAUCCAAGAGAAAGUCCUCACAGCCAUGGAUCGGACCUGGCAUCCUGAGCAUUUCUUUUGUGCCCACUGUGGGAAAGUGUUUGGCAAUGCAGGUUUCCAUGAGAAGAAUGGGAAACCAUACUGCCAAAAAGACUUCCUGACCCUUUUCUCUCCCAAGUGCAGAGGUUGUGAUCGGCCUGUCAUGGACCAGUAUUUGUCAGCUCUGAAUGCUGUCUGGCACCCAGAGUGUUUUGUGUGUGGAGACUGUUUCUGCAGUUUUGAGAAUGGCUCCUUCUUUGAAUUAAAUGGUCGUCCAUACUGUGAGCUUCACUUCCACCAUCACCAGGGAACUGUGUGCCACGGUUGUGGGAAGCCCAUUGUUGGCCGUUGUGUUAGUGCCAUGGGGUAUAAGUUCCACCCAGAGCACUUUGUCUGUGCUUUCUGCCUUACCCAGUUGCACAAUGGCAUCUUCCAGGAGCAGAAUGGCAAAACCUACUGUAAUCCUUGUUUUAACAAACUUUUUGCUUAACUGGGCAAUUUGAGCAACUCAAUACUUUCUCAAGCCUCCCCCUCCCCCACUUUCUCUAGAAAGUGGAAUAAAAUCCUAUUGAAUUUAA